GUGUUUACAUUUUGUGACGAAUACUACAGAGGUUAUGUUGAUGAGGAUGAUAGUAUUAUGAAUAUUUCCAAUUUAAUAUUUUAAUUGUAUUAUUCAUGAAUUCAAAUAGGUAAAUACUUCGAAUGGACAUAGUUUCUAGAAUCUAGAUCUGAGUUAUAUUGAGAUUGAAACUAGCAGAAACAUGUACACAAAUUGGAAUUGUACAUCCAUUGUUUUUCAAAUGUACAAAUAACUAGAUUAACUAUACUUAAAUAACUAGAUAGGUCAAAAAGGUCUGAACUUGAUUGAUGAUAAAAAAUAGUAACAAGGCAAUUUCAGAAAAGUUUGUUUCUUUAUAUAAGCAUAGAAGAGCUAUAAAUACGGUAAUGUUUGGAUUAAGCUUAACAAAAUGCAAACAAACUAUAUUUACAUCAGCAUCAACUUUGAAUAAGAUAGAUUUGAAAAGCCAGGAGUGGCACAGGAGAUUGGAUAAAAUAUAUGGUCUUCCAAUUAUCCAUCACCAUGGAUAUGUAUGUGAACUUCCACCCAAUCACAGGUUUCCGAUGAAAAAGUUCCACAAAGUUAUCGAUUAUCUAGUUAGUGAUAGAGUGAUCGAUAGAAAUAAGCAGGUUCUUGAACCCGAUCAGAUUCCAAUGGCAAUAGCCGAAAAUGUUCAUAGUCACGAAUAUGUAGAUAAUUUUUUCAACGGAAAAACAACAGAAAAUGAGCAGAGAGCCACUGGAUUUGUCUGA